AGCCCGGGCGCGGGAGUGCGGAGUUUUGGUCUCCCGGACUUAGCUACAGGGGUGGGGUCUGCGCUGUAGUGUACAGAGACGUUCCGCUUUGAAAUGCAGCGGGAUUUGGUGAGUUUCCCGCUGUCUCCUGCAGUACGGGUGAAGCUGGUGUCUGCAGGUUUCCAGAAUGCUGAGGAACUCCUGGAGGUGAAACCCUCCGAACUCAGCAAAGAAGUUGGAAUAUCUAAAGAGGAGGCUUUAGAAACUCUGCAGAUUAUAAGAAGAGAGUGUCUCACAAAUAAACCAAAAUAUGCUGGUGCGCCAGAGUCAGGCAGGAAGUGUACAGCACUGGAACUUCUCGAGCAGGAGCAAACCCAGGGCUUCAUUAUUACCUUCUGUUCUGCACUAGAUAAUAUUCUUGGCGGUGGAGUACCCUUAAUGAAAACAACGGAAAUUUGUGGUGCACCAGGUGUUGGAAAAACACAAUUAUGUAUGCAGUUGGCAAUUGAUGUGCAGAUACCAGAAUGUUUUGGAGGAGUGGCAGGUGAAGCAGUUUUUAUUGAUACAGAGGGAAGCUUUAUGGUUGACAGAGUGGUAGACCUUGCUACUGCCUGCAUUCAGCAUCUUCAUCUUAUAGCAGGAACACACAUGGAAGAAGAACACCAAAGAGCUUUGAAGGACUUCACUCUUGAAAAUAUUCUUUCCCAUAUUUACUAUUUUCGUUGUCAUGAUUAUACAGAACUACUGGCGCAAGUUUAUCUUCUUCCAGAUUUCCUUUCAGGUCAUUCAAAGGUUCGAUUAGUGAUAGUAGAUGGCAUUGCUUUUCCUUUUCGCCAUGACAUUGAUGACCUAUCCCUUCGAACUCGAUUACUAAAUGGCCUUGCCCAGCAAAUGAUCAGCCUUGCAAAUAAUCACAGAUUAGCUGUAAUUUUAACCAAUCAAAUGACAACAAAGAUUGAUAAAAAUCAGGCCUUGCUGGUUCCUGCAUUAGGGGAGAGUUGGGGACAUGCUGCUACAAUACGGCUAAUUUUUCAGUGGGACAGAAUGCAAAGCAGGUUGGCAACAUUGUACAAAUCACCAAGCCAAAAGGAAUCCAGAGUACUGUUUCAGAUCACACCUCAGGGAUUUAGAGAUGCUGUUGCCACAGAAGGUUCAUCGAGUACCCGGAAAAGGUCACGAGAACCAGAGGAAGAACAGUAACCCAAAAACAAAUCUACAAUAUACAAAUAUAUUGAUGUGAAAUUCAUUGUAGUAUACUCAUUACUUUAAAGUAUAAACACAAUAGCAUGAAUAAAUCAGGAUUAUAUGAAGUAAAUGGGAAAAGUAUUUAAGGAAUGUGAUUCUCUGAAAAAUGUUUUCUAAAGCAGUGUUCUACAAUUACAUUUUGCUUUGGUUUCAUUUUCAGUAGCAUUCAGUAAGAGGUAACUUACAUAGGUAUUACAUUUUCCAACUAUGGAAAGCUACUCGCAUGUGGCCGAUCUGAAUUUACUGUUCAGACUAGUAUAUUUUUUUUCCCAAUUGCUUAGAAAAAUCAUAGGAAUAAAGGAUUUUUAAAAUAUUA